CAAACAUCGAAGGAGACCUUGUGCCUUGCUAUUCACUCUUCUGGUAACUCGAGAGGCUGGUGUUGUAUUUGUAUUGAGUUACUAACCGGAGACGUUGUAUGCGCAAAUAACGUUUUUGGACCGUUUUAAAUCCCAACUAUUCAAGUGGGUCAAUCAAUCAGUGAGUGAGACCUGAGAUGGGCCUCCCCUCGUUACUGUGCAUGUGUGUGCUGGUGACCCUGGGUGGCCACCGGGGGGUGAUCUCCCAGGCCCCCUCCACCCCAUCCUAUGGCGAACGUGGCUCCGACCUGGGUCUCCAGGUGUUCCAGCAGGUGGCCCGCUCCAGACCCCAGGAGAACGUGGUGCUCUCCCCCCAUGGCGUGGCAUCCAUCCUGGGUAUGCUGCUGCCAGGCGCCCACGGAGAGACCCGCAGGCAGCUCCUCACAGCACUCCGCUACAAGAAGAAUGGCCCUUAUAAGAUGUUGAAAAAGCUCCACAAGAUGCUGACGGCCAAGUCCAACCAGGACAUCGUGACUAUCGCCAACGCUAUGUUCUCCCAACAGGGCUUCCCUAUGGAGGAGGCUUUCAUGUCCUCCAACAGGGCCAACUUCCAGUGUGAGAGCCGGACCUUGGAUUUCACUGAAACCCAGGCGGCUGCAGCCACAAUCAACAUCUGGGUCAACAACCAGACCAAAGGCCACAUCCCCACUCUGGUCAAGGCAGACAUGUUGGAUGGCGCUUUGACCCGCCUGGUGGCCGUCAACGCCAUCUACUUUAAAGGCCUAUGGAAGUCCCGCUUCCAGACAGAAAACACCAAGAUGAGAACCUUCAACGCAGGAGAUGGCAAUUCAUACAAGGUCCCCAUGAUGUCCCAGCUGUCGGUCUUCAAAAUUGGUCUGGCCAGCACACCCCAAGGGCUGAAUUAUAAGGUCAUCGAACUACCGUAUCACGGCAACAGCAUAAGCAUGCUGAUCGCCCUGCCAUCGGAGGAGGACACGCCCCUAGGUGAUGUCAUCGCUCACAUCAGCACAGCCACGGUACAGAGCUGGACCAAGCUGUUGCACCAGAGGAAGGUCCGCCUGCUGCUGCCCAAGUUUACUGCUGAGGCCGAAGUGGACCUGCAAGCCUCCCUCUCAGCCCUGGGGAUAACGAUCCUAUUUGAUGAGGGCAAAGCCGACUUCAGACACCUCAGUACAGAGCCUGUGUAUAUAUCUAAAGCUCUACAGAAAGCCAAGAUUGAGAUCAAUGAGGAUGGAACUAAAGCAGCAGCUGUUACGACUGCCAUCUUAAUGGCCAGGUCUUCUCCACCUUGGAUCAUCGUAGACCGACCCUUCCUCUUCCUCAUUCGGCACAACCCAACAGGUACAAUCCUCUUCAUCGGCCAGGUCAAUCAGCCUUGAGCCUUUCCUGCCUGCAGAUAUCCCUUUCACUGGAAUGUGCCUUCCGAGCUUCAAAAUAAUACAUUUUUAAUUUACACAGCACACACUUCCUUGCUCACAUGCAAGCACACCUAUACCACACUUCCACACAAACAACAUACACACUGUCAUACUCAAAGACUUGUAUUUGUGGACAUAUUAUGAUGCUAUUUCUUUUAAAUGUUUGCAUUUGAUUUGACUUUUAUUAUGGUCCAUAAUAGUGUUCUGCCAAUGAGACAUUCCAUUGUUUCAAUUAUCCUUUCUAGAUGAUUUGCUACCUUUUUUUUUAAAUGACCCUGAAUGUCAAAUGUGUAUAUUAAAUGGAGUACAUUUCAUUUUGAA